AUGUCUUCAAGUUUUGAUGGGAAACGAGCUGCGAGCGAUGAUAUUCACAAACCAUUCUCACCAUCGGCCGCUGCCAGUUCAUCAGGUCAACAAAAUGGUCAUAAUGCAUCUCGCAGUACACCAGGUCGUACCGGUGAUCGUUUAAUCAAUGUUCAACCACCAAGAAGAGAAGAUCUUCAACCUUCUUAUGCUCAAAUUUUGCAGGGUGAUGAUGAUACAAGUACUUCAGGGUGGUAUGGGAGUAUGAUCAACACUCUCGGAGCUUGUCUCGGUACCUGUGGAGCUAUUCCUGGUUGUUUUAUCUGCCCGAAUCCAUAUAAGCCAGUUUCGCAGGGUAAUGUUGGUCUUGUUACCAAAUUUGGUCGCUUUUAUCGUGCAGUUGAUCCUGGUCUUGUCAAGAUCAAUCCUCUCAGUGAACGUCUCAUUCAGGUUGAUGUUAAGAUUCAGAUUGUUGAGGUUCCCCAACAAGUUUGCAUGACCAAAGAUAACGUUACCUUACAUUUGACUUCCGUCAUCUAUUAUCACAUCACAUCCCCUCACAAGGCUGCUUUCGGUAUCUCCAAUGUUCGCCAAGCACUUGUCGAACGUACACAAACCACACUUCGACAUGUUGUUGGUGCUCGUGUUUUACAAGAUGUCAUCGAACGUCGUGAGGAAGUUGCGCAAUCAAUUGAGGAAAUAAUCGAAGAUGUUGCAUCUGGUUGGGGUGUACAGGUUGAGAGCAUGCUCAUCAAGGAUAUGAUCUUCAGUAAUGAACUUCAAGAAUCUCUCUCCAUGGCUGCACAAUCGAAGCGUAUUGGAGAGUCUAAGGUUAUUGCGGCUCGUGCUGAAGUUGAGUCCGCUAAGCUUAUGCGUCAAGCCGCCGAUAUUCUCUCCAGUGCACCAGCCAUGCAAAUUAGAUAUCUCGAGGCAAUGCAAGCUAUGGCUAAAUCCGCCAAUAGCAAGGUUAUUUUCCUCCCAGGUGCUUCAACUAUUGGAAAUCAAAUGGCAAAUGCUUUGGGAGAAAUUUCAGGAGAUCAUGCUGGUGCUUCUAACAGCAGAAAUGAUGCUGGUGAUUUUGGAGGUCUGGAUUCCGGUUUUCAAAAGGCUAUCAACGCCCAUGUUGUUGAGAAUAUUUAA